GCUCUGGAGCGCGGCCAGGAGCCUGCGCCCAGCUUCCCCAGGAGCCUGCAUCGGGCCUCUCCAGGAGCUGGCUCUCACUGGGGCCCUUUCUCCUCUGCCCGCAAAGAUGACCCUCGCUGUCCUGGCCCUCCGGCUGGUGGUUAUCAUCCUGUCGUUUCCCAUGUUCCUGCUGAACUUUCUAGGCCUGUGGAGCUGGAUAUGCAAAAAGUGGUUUCCCUACUUCCUGACAAGGUUCACGGUGACGUACAACGAGCAGAUGGGGAGCAAAAAGCGUGAGCUCUUCAGCAAUCUGCAGGAGUUUGCGGGCCCCUCGGGGAAGCUGUCCCUGCUGGAGGUGGGCUGCGGCACGGGGGCCAACUUCAAGUUCUAUCCCCCUGGGUGCAGAGUGACCUGUGUCGACCCCAAUCCCAACUUCGAGAAGUUCCUGUUCAAGAGCGUCGCAGAGAACCGGCACCUGCAGUUCGAGCGCUUCGUGGUGGCGGCCGGGGAGGACAUGUCCCAGGUGGACGAGGGCUCAGUGGACGUGGUGGUCUGCACCCUGGUGCUGUGCUCCGUGCAGAGCCAGGAGAAGUUUCUGCGUGAGGUGCGCCGCGUGCUGAGGCCGGGAGGGGCUUAUUACUUCAUGGAACACGUGGUGGAUGAACGGUCCACCUGGAAUUUCUUCUGGCAGCAGGUCCUGGAACCUGCCUGGAACCUUGUGUUUGAUGGCUGCUGUCUCACAAGAGAGAGCUGGAAGAGCCUGGAGCAGGCUGGCUUCUCCAAGCUGAGGCUGCAGCAUAUCCAGGCACCGCUGUCCUGGGUUUUGGUGCGGCCCCAUAUUUAUGGGUUCGCUGUGAAAUAGGGUGAGGCAGCGGGAGCGCUCUGAAUGGCUCCAGGGGUUCAAAGGGUCAGUUUUAGAUGUAAAACUGGGAGAGGUGAAGUCAAAUUCAUCCUUACAAGUUUCUGUUUAUCUGUUUUCUAUCUCGUCUUCCACCAAAUCAAAACCAAAUCAAAGUAGCUUUGGCCUCUCCCUCCAAAGGAACCAGUGGUCUCUCAUGAGCCUUUGAUAAUGAAGCAGUACAGGAGACUGACAGCUUGCCAAGCGAAUAAACAAAUACAAGAUGAGUGAAAAUCCAUGCCUGACUAACACAGAACACCCCCAAACCCCAGCCGCUCCCUCACUGGCAAAAAGGAAAUAUGAACCCACUUUCUCUCCUGGUGCCACUGGUCUGGCCAGCAGCUUCCUGCCUUUGGUUCAGGGUUUCACCAGAGACUUCUGUCCUGUACUGCACUCCUCAGCUUCUGCAGGUACACCUGACACAUCCGUGUCUUCACAGAGCUGAUAGUCGGAAUCCACAGCUAAUUUCCCUUCUUUUCUAGCUCAUGCUUUGGAGAACAGAAGAGACUGCAGGCAGAGUUAGGGAAAAUAGGCGCAUUGUGUGGGGAGCCUAAAAGUAAGCGAUGAGAGUAUCCAGCAAGGACUGUGGGGAUUAUUCUGAUCAAAUUCCCCGGUUCUGAGCUGACAGUUGUGGCGCAUGCCAUUGAUGCCAGCGCUUGGGAGACAGAGGCAGGGGGAUCUUUUGAGUUUGAGGCCAGCCUGGUCUACAGAGUGAGUUCCAGGACCACCAGGGCUACACAGAGAAACCCUGACUUGAAAACAAUAUCACUGUUCCUGAAAUGAAACCGUGGACCUCACUGUGCAUGUACUGAGAGCAAGUCUAGUGGGCCCAUCUGAGGGUCUCAGCUGCAGUUUCUGUGCAUUUAAAUGAAUACUUUAUGAGAUGAUUUCACAGAAGUCCUAUUUUAAAUAUAAAUCAAUAAAUUCACAUUCAUUUAAGAAGCUGAAAUAAAUAUUUUCUACAUCUGUC